AUGCCUCCGACUUCUUCUCUCGCCGCUCUUUUGAGCUCUCCUUCCGGGGAGAACGAUUCGACCGAUCAUCCAUCCGGUCAAACCCUACCUGACAUCUCACUCGAUUCUUUAGGAUCCAGUUUUCGUUCUGAAGAUUCUCAAGCUGAACCUUCUAAACAAACCCGUCAACGUAUUCCUACUUCUUCAGGUCCUUCACUCUUCACACCAUCCCCACCUCAUGUGCCUAAUUCUGCUCUUCUCUCUCUCUCGCCACCUACCACAGUCCGGCGAACCUCUUCCCACUCUGCUUUACCUGAUCAAACCCCUGGUACUGCCGCCCCGAGACGGAAUAGGAUACUCAGUAGAAGCUCAGCUUCAUCAGCUUCCUCCGCAUCAGAAACGGAUGGUCCGCUCAGAGACAGAUAUGGUUCUGAGGAUGAUGAUAAUGUUCUAUCUCAGCUUUCGGUGAACAUCAGUCCGAAGAGAAGACAGAAUGGUGUGGGUUGGAUGGGAGGAGUGACCCCUCGUGCUAAACAAAGUUAUCAUGGUGGUCCUAGUAGAAGGAAUGGGAGACAUAGCGUGGCGGCUGAUGUGGGUUCUGGACCAAUGACUUUGAGGGAACAGGAACAGCAACUCGAGGCAAUGCGUAAAGAAUUCUUCUCCCUCCAACUCGAGAAUCACUUUCUCAAAGAACGUUUGGCGUCGAUGGGCCCUGAAUCUCUCACCAAGAUAGCAGAGGAGAACGCAAAACUCAAAGCGGAAACUUUGAACCUGAGUAAGGAAUGUAAAAAGUACAAAAAAUUGGUUUUGCAACUCGAACGCGAGCUCGCUGCGUCUCAGCGGGGUGACGGAAAGGGAUCAAGAGGAGGAAACGAGCUUAAAGAGCUGGAAGGGAUGUGGAAAGAGGAGAAAGAGCGUAGAAGGGCACUAGAGAAGGAACUGGAUGAGGGGAGGGCGAAAUUGGAGGAUACUGAGGCAAGUGAAGUGAUAUGGAGGAAGAAAGCAGAGGAGCUCGAAGGAGAGCUGGAGGGUGCAAAGGGUACUUUGGAAGACCAGACCGAAGAGAUGGAACGGGUCAGGGAGGCUGCUGAUAGAGCAAGGGAUGAAUUGGAGCGAAUGCAGUUGGAGAAGAGCGAGCUCGGCGGUAGUGUGGGCUUGGGCAAAGGCAGGGAGGCAAAACUAUUGCAGAAGGUAGCGGACUUGGAGAAGGAACAUGCCGUCUUGCAGCAAGAACUGGAGGAUGUGCGAAACCGGGGCGGUUCAGCCGAUGCAGAUGAGCUCGAAGACCAAAUCAAUUCGUUACGUGACAAGCUGGCUGCGGCUCAAAUCGAUUUAGAUAGACGAGACCAAGAAAUCGAAGAGCUCAACGCAGAGAUCGAAGCUAAGAUACGUGACCACGAGGCGGAGAUACAGCAGGUGGAGGCGGAUUGGAGGGAUGAGGUGAUCGAGGCCAGGGCUCAAGUAGACGAGCUGAAAGAUGUGACCAACCUUAAAGAAUUACGCGAUGCCCUCCUUGAGCGGGAAGAAGAAUUGGCAGUGGUCAGCGAGAGGGUGGCCGAGCUGGAAGCUGCUCAGAGCGAGACUCAUGAUAGACUGGAGGAGACGAUGCGGAAUAUCGAAAGAGACAACGAGGAGAAGGAGGCCGAUCUCAUUGCUGCUAACAAGGAGAUUGAAGUUCUGGGACAGAGGGUGUAUGAACUCGAAGAAGCUCUUGAUGAGCUUCGAGUCCGAGAAUCCGACCUCAAUGCCGACUUGCGAUCAGCAGAUGAAGCUUUCGACAGUACGAAAUCGCACUAUGAGACGCUUGUCGCUGCUCUUAAGGAAGCACGACGGAAGCUGCAGGAUGACCACGACACGCUGAUCUCACAAAUUCGCCAAGAAGAAGAAGCUCAUCUGGCGGAGAAGGAACGAUGGAGACAAGAUAAACAGGAUCAGGCUGAUUCUCACCGUCGCGCCUUGGCCGAACAAGAGAAGGCGCAGAAACGUCUUCGAAGUGAACUCGACGCUGCUAAGGAUAAGGUCGCCGCGAAGGACCGAGAUAUCGUAAGCGUGCAGAGUAAUCUGCGGGCAUUGGAAGAUGAGAGAAGGAGGAUUGGUGAUGAUCGUACCACCGACAGAUUUGGUAUGGGGAUGGAGAUUGAGAAGGUCAAGAGGGAGUUGGCUAGGGCCGAGGACGAGUUGAGUGUGGCGAGGGAGGAGGUAGAGUUGAAGGAGGCGGCGUUAAGGCAGAGAGAUCUUGAGGUCGCGUCUAUGAUGGACAAACAACGUGAUCUUGAAAGCCGUCUCUCCUCUGAACGUCAAGGUCGACUCAACAUGUCCGAUCGACUCGAUCACGCCAACAAAACUGCGAGACAGUUGGAGAAGGAAGCACAACAACUUCGAGAAAGACUACAAGAAUUGGAGCCAUUACUGACUGAGACGCAGCAGGAGAGAUUUGCAUUGCAGAAGCAGGCCGAGCAGCAGAGACAGGAGAGGAGUGACUUGUUGUUGCGCGUCUUCAAGGAUAUCAACAAGUUCUUGGGAACGGAAGACCACACAACCCCAGUCAACUUCACAGCAUUCCGCGACGCCUUACUCCAACGAGUACGUGCGAUCAAUCAAGUCAGGUCAGACUUUGAAAAGCGUAUCAAAGAGACUGAGACGUCUGUCGAUCAACGCAUGGUACAUCUCAAGAAACAGCUGGAACAGAAAUGGCGCGCUUUGGACAAUUUUGAAGCUGCCGUCAAGAAACUCGAAUUGACGCGAAUGCAAUGGAGGCAAAAGUAUGCUCUCAAAGAGGGUGAACUGGAUGCAGUAAAGACUAAAAAUCAAGAACUCCUUCGUCAAUUAUCAUCACCAUCAAAUCUUUCUGCUUCACCACCUCAAACUGCUCAACUACGCUCGUUACACGAACGUUGUUCGUCCGCUGAGAAACGUGAAUCCGUAGCUAAACGUCAACUCGCAGAUCUCGAGGCUCGCGUGGCGGAGAUGCAAGCUCGGGCAGGACAGGCAGAGGCGAAGUGGGAAGCGAGAGUGAAAGAAUAUGAGAAUAGGUUGAGGAUAGCAGGAGAGAAGAUCAAGACUGAGAAACAGGGUGGGAAGGAAAGAGCUGCUCAGUUGGAGGGACAAGUUCGGGAACUGGAGAGACAGUUGGAGAAUGCCAGAAGACGGAAUCAACGUGCCGAAGGGGUAGUAGCGAGCGCUGCACAUCUCAUGCCGGAAUAUCGAGAACGAUAA